GGAUUAUAUCCCAAGGACUCCUGCUUACUGAAUUUGCAAAUGGAGCAUAUUGAGAAAUCAAAAGUAUAUGCUGAGAAAGGACUCUUGGAAAAGAUAAAGCUUUGCAUUUCAAAGAAACCACUGCCAUCGCCCACUGACCGAAAGAAGUUUGACCAUGAUUUUGCCAUCUCCACUUCCUUUCAUGGGGUACAUCACAUUGUUCGGAACCGGAGCAAAAUUCGCAAGGUGAUCUGGUUGGUGGUGGUCCUGGGCUCAGUUUUCCUCGUGGUAUGGCAGAUCUACAGUCGCUUGGUCAACUACUUCACAUGGCCAACCACGACAUCUAUAGAGGUUCAGUAUGUGGAAAAGAUAGAGUUCCCGGCUGUGACGUUUUGUAAUUUGAACAGGUUCCAAACAUAUGCUGUAGCCAAAUUUGGUGUUAUUUUUUCCUUAUGGACUGUUGUAUCCAAAGUCCUCCAUCUUCAAGAAAUCAGUGCCAAUUCCACUGGCUCUAAAAAGGCUAUUGAUUUUCUUGCAAGUCACCAAAACUUUAGCAUUGCAGAUUUUGUCAAGAAAAAUGGUUUUUAUCUCAACAACAGCACUUUGUUGGAUUGUGACUUUUAUGGAAAGCCAUGUGGCCCACAGGAUUUUGCACAUGUCUUCACUGAAUAUGGAAAUUGUUUCACUUUUAAUCAUGGUGAAAAUAUCCAAGCAAAGAGAGAAACGAGUGUCUCUGGAAGAGGCUUAAGCUUGCUCUUCAAUGUCAAUCAGGCAGAAUUCACUGAUGACCCAGCCCUUGGUUUUGUGGAUGCUGGGGUCAUCUUCGUUAUCCAUUCACCAAAGAAGGUGCCACAGUUCGAUGGUUUAGGCUUGUCGUCCCCUGUGGGAAUGCAUGCACGGGUAACAAUCCGCCAAGUGAAGACAGUUCAUCAAGAAUACCCUUGGGGAGAAUGCAACCCUAACAUCAAGCUGCAGAAUUUUAGUACCUACAGCUCUUCUGGUUGCUUGAAGGAAUGCAAAGCACGGCACGUGGAAAAACAAUGUGGAUGUUUACCUUUUCUGCUUCCUGGAAAUGGGAUAGAGUGUGACCUACGAAAGUUUUACAACUGCGUUUCUCCUACACUUGACCACAUUGAAGUUAAGGGAUUAUGUACAAUGGGAACACAUAAUUCUAGCUGCCCUGUUCCUUGUGAAGAAACAGGAUACCCUGCCACUAUUUCUUAUUCUACUUUUCCAAGUCUAACAGCUUUGAAAUAUCUUUCCAAGAAGUUGAAUCGAAGCCAGAAAUAUAUCAGGGAGAAUCUCGUGAACAUUGAUAUAAACUAUAGUGACUUAAACUAUAAGAUAACCCAGCAGCAAAAAGCAGUGAGUGUGUCUGAGUUACUUGCAGAUGUUGGUGGUCAAUUGGGCCUAUUUUGUGGGGCCAGUAUGAUUACAAUUAUAGAAAUUAUUGAAUAUAUAUUCACCAAUCUCUACUGGCUAUGCGUUUUGUUCUUGCUGAAGAUACCUGAAAUGACCCAGGGGCCUCCUCCACCUCAGAAUCAUCUCGGGAAUAAAAAUAGCAUAGAGGAAUGCUGAUGUUCACGGAGGACAAAAGCUUUGGCUUUUCUCUUCACGGCACCCUCAGAUUUAUUCGUGACUAACUCAUUGUUAUGUAACAUUAUGUUAUAGUUUUGGGGAUCCAAUACAAUCCAUUGUAGAUGUCUAUCUCUU